CUAACCCCGCACAACUGCGGCUCCUCCAGCUGAUGAGCACCAGCAGGAACCGGGCAGAUGGGGCUAACCUCACGCACGUCUCAGAUAUGGGUCCUUGACUUUCAUAAAGGUCUGGGAACCCCGGAGGCUUUAAUUUAGGAGGCGCGGGCACGAAACCACUUCAGCAGCGCGCGCUCCCGCCGCAGAUCUUCAGUUCCCCCCUCCUUCUCCUCCUCCUCCUCCUCCUCCUCCCACAACCCCGGAAAAAAGGCUCCCGCAGCUCUCCAGCGAUGCCGCACCCGAUCCGGGGCUUUUCACCUGAAAACAUCUACCUCAGAUGAUCACCUGCACCACGAGCGCGUGUGCGUCGGAGCUGCGCGUUUCUGCACCGCGAUGCUGACAGCAUGUUUCCUCAUCUGUGCGGCAUAGAGGAGCAGCGUGGACGUGCACAGCGCGCUGUUGCAGCAAGCCAGCAUCAUGGAGGCUGGAUGUGUGGUUGCCGCGGUGAUUGAGAAUGCUGCCUCAUCACCCCAGGGAGAACCAGGAAGUGGUGACGUCCUUGAGGGCGUUGUGCUACCAUCACCUGAUGUGGAUAAUGACGAUGCCUUAUCUCAAGCUACAAACAACAACCCUCCAGAGGAGAAGCAGCCACAAGAAACAUCCACUGCCAUGAUGAGGAGCGACGACGCCACAGAAGCUCCAGCCGAGCCGCUCCUGCGUUCCUGCGUCAGCACGGCCAGCAUGAAAGUCAAAAACAUGAAGAAGCUAACGUUCCCCAGAGGUCACUUCCCCAGAUUGGCAGAGUGUGCCCAUUUCCAUUAUGAGACUGUUGAUUUUGGCAACGUUCAGUUGGCCUUUGCAGAAGGGCAGAGUGAAGGACCAAAGGCCGGUUUGGACUCUAAAGAACUCGUCUUUAUCGUCCAGAUCACUUGCCAGAGUCGAAACUGGCUGGUGAAGCGAUCUUAUGAAGACUUCCGGGUGCUUGACAAACACCUGCACUUGUGUAUCUAUGACCGCCGUUACUCCCAACUCAGCGAGAUUCCACGAUUCGACACAUUGAAGGAUACGACUGAGUCAGUCUCCACAAUGCUGACAAACUACCUGUCCCGCUUCUCUGCCAUUGCGGACAACAAGAUCAACUGUGGUCCAGUGUUAACUUGGAUGGAGAUCGACAACAAGGGGAAUCAUCUGUUGGUGUCUGAAGAAGCGUCCAUCAACGUCCCCGCCAUCGCUGCCGCCCACGUCACUAAACGUUACACCGCUCAGGCCACGGACGAGCUAACCUUUGAGGUUGGUGACAUUGUGUCAGUGAUCGACAUGCCUCCUAAGGAGGACACGGGGUGGUGGAGAGGGAAGCACGGCUUUCAGGUCGGUUUCUUUCCCUGCGACUGUGUUGAGCUCAUAAAUGAAAAGAUUCCCCCCAGUGUUCAAAACUCAGUGCCAAAGCCAGUGUGUAAGAAGCACGGGAAGCUGGUCACGUUCCUGAGGUCCUUUAUGAAGUCUCGACCACCUCCGCAGAAGCUCCGACAGCGCGGCAUCCUUCGGGAACGAGUGUUCGGCUGCGACCUGGGGGAGUAUCUGCACAACUCGGGACACGAAGUCCCUCAGGUGGUGAAGAGCUGUGCUGAAUUCAUUGAGAAGAUCGGAGUCGUGGAUGGAAUCUACAGACUGUCGGGGAUCUCCUCCAACAUCCAGAAACUCAGGCACGAGUUCGACUCCGAGCAGAUCCCAGAUCUGAGCAGAGACGUCUUUAGACAGGACAUCCAUUCGGUGGGCUCCCUGUGCAAGCUGUACUUCAGAGAGCUGCCCAACCCUCUGCUCACCUACCAGCUCUACGAUCGAUUCUCAGAGGCCGUGUCUGCAGCCACAGAUGAGGAGAGGCUGCUCAAAAUCCACGAUGUCAUUCAGCAGCUUCCCCCUCCGCAUUACAGGACACUGGAGUUCCUCAUGAGGCACCUCUCCCGCCUGGCCACCUUCAGCUCCAUCACUAACAUGCACACUAAAAACCUCGCUAUUGUCUGGGCGCCGAACCUCCUCAGGUCCAGACAGAUCGAGUCGGCCUGCUUCAGCGGCACUGCGGCCUUCAUGGAGGUGCGCAUCCAGUCGGUAGUGGUGGAAUUUAUUCUCAACAACACUGAGCCGCUCUUCAGCCCCAAACUCAGUGCUGCCUUAAGAGAAAACUCGGGCAACAGCACCUUAUCCAGACCGAAGUCUCUGAUGGUUUGCUCCCCGUCCACGAAGCUGCUGUCUUUAGAGGAGGCGCAGGCUCGCACUCAGACUCAGCUCUUAUCCCCAGCCACCUCCCCCUGCCUCACCCACAGUGACUACAUCGAGGUGGGGGAGGGACCAGAAGCUCUCCUCGGCAAAUUUCACACAGUUAUCGAACUCCCACUGGAAAGCUGCAAGCGGCCUCCUGUUAAGUCUAAGAAGUCUCCUGUGGGGAACUGGCUGUCCUUUUUCCAUCUAGGCAAGUCUCACUCUGUGUCCAAACGUAAGCUGAAGCGACACCCGAGUGAACCUAAUGAGAUAAAGAGCAUCGCACUGCCAGGUGGCCGAGGAGAUAACGACACGCUGCGCUCCACGAAAAGUGAAGAAUCUCUCACCUCUUUGCAAAAUUUAGAAGGGGAGCCUCCGAAUUACUGUCCCCUCAGACCUCGCUCCACUAGUGAAGCUGUUUCUGGCAUCUCCAAAGACGACCAGCACAGCAGAAGCAGAAGGAAACACGCCAGCACAGCCCAGCCACUGACUGAGAGUCCAAAUGAGUCCCAAAGGGCUCGCGCCGCCGCCCGUCUCUCCUCCUUCCAAUCCGAGGAUGAUCUUGACCUUUUUCCGCCGGCUGCAGGCAUCUCUACGUUAGACUUUGACCCCAUGUCUUUCCAGUGCAGCCCGGCAUCAGCAACUCCUGCCCUGCAACACGGCAAAGACGGGAACAAGUGGAGGAAGAACGUAGGGUGUUCCAACGAAACGGAGCCCAUCUGCUCCCCCAACAACAACCACAUGAGAGGCUCCCACUCUCCAGAUGCCAGCCCAGCAGUGUGUAGAAGUGGGAAGAAGGCUUCCUCUAAGCAGCUCUCUCCCAAACUGAGGAAGAAAUCGUUUAAAACGCUGGCAGAUGUUCAGACCGCAUCUGCCUCUCUGCACCCCGAGCCAUCUUCCUCUUCCCAAGUGCGCGAGGCUCCAGUGGCAGAUGGAGAUGAGCCAAGAGCAUUUUUUCAACACUGCAGCUCGCUCAGCACAGCGAGUCAGGCAUCUGCCGUGACGGACCACAGUCAUUCGGCACAGAACCUGCCUGAUCCAGGAACAGAUAGACUUAUGAGUUCAGUCUCUGUUCUCCCUCCACACCCCUCCUCGAUGAGCGCCGCUCGCAAGCUAGCUUUGGCUCUAGCUGAAACUGCCCAGAAGUCCAGCACUGCCUCCCAAAGAAGAUCUAAUGCCCCGCUGCACCCCUUCCAGAGACAAGAAGCACCUCACGACAGACUGCCACGACCCUUCCUUCUGGAUCUCAAUGUGCAUCCUCAGGAGUACUCUUCAGGGCACAGCCCCACUGAGAUCUGCCGCUGCCCUCGUCCUGUUCACUUCCUACCUGCGCGCCUCUGCUCUGAGGUCACCGAUGGUCAGGAAAGCACGUGCAACUUCACUCCUAAUGUAAGCCCUCUUGGAUCAGGGAGCCUGGAUGAAGGCAGUGCAGAAGGGAGGGACCACAGAGAGGAAAACGAGGCGGGAGACAUCGACAGAGAAGAGCACGCUUAUCACAGCGUUGGAGUUUCAAUGCCCUCUCAGCCUGUCUGCUCAGCUAAAAGCCCCUCAGCCUCGCCCGUGUACGCCAACACAGACUCUGUAGAUGUUUAUAAUUUCCGCUCUGUCCUGGCAGAGUCUUUGAUGCCCGUCUCCGUUGAGGAAGUCCGUCCACGUCAGUUACGGACCUCUUCAAGUCACCACUACAGCCCAGAAGAGGACAGCCCGCACGGCAUGGUCGAGGACGUCUACAAUUAUCACCAAAAUCAUCAGCAUCGACUGAUUCAAGGAGGACAAACAGCUGCGCUUCACUGCCCCCGGCCCAGUGCCCUACCACCUCACCUCUCUGGAGCUAAAGGCUUGUACAGGCAGGCCUCUGAGGGAUGUUGCAGCUCUUUAGGAUUAAGGCAACAGUUAUCGCCUCAAUACAGACGUUACCAUAAAAACGAGCACCUUAUCGGCGGCGGCUUCCCCAGACAACAAGGAGGAUGGCAGAGGUCUGAAGAUCGAGGGGCAUGCGGGCAUGCGGGGAUACGUCGUGCCCGCUCCUUCCACGCUCCGCAGAUUAGCCGCUACGAAUUGGCAAACACAGGGGUCCUCCCAACUGACCCCAUGUUUUAUGUCAAGCUAAAAGCAAGCCAAGAGGCACCCUAUCAAAGGCUGAUUAAGACUGGUCUCAACCCAGUACAGUUUGAGAACACCCGGGCUGAGUACCAGUACAACCCCUAUUCAGAUGUAAACACAGAAGAUGCCUCUCAUUAUUUUAUAGACCCUUACCGGCAAAGUGGCAUCCAUCACCAUCAGUCCUACACCGUGCACUCUGCAAGGGAAGGUGGACAGUCAGAUUAUUACAACUACUCCCCCCGCCACGCCGCUCCGGUGAACAGACAGCUGUACAUAGAGAGCAGAGACACUGUUGUUUAUGAGGCCAGAGAUGCAGACGUUUUUGAGAGGGUCGUACAUCAACCGGUGAAGCAGGAGAGCAAAUCCAGACAUAAACCCACACACGUGUCUCCCUGCGAGAGUCCGGUCUCACCAAGCGAUACAAGAAGCAGAGAUAUGAUGCACACAAGAAGCAAGUCAGACCCUGGAAAUGCUAACCUUCUCUCCGCCGACAGGAUAGAAAGUCAAACUGCCACAGUUACCUCACCGACAUUCUCAAGAUCCCAGCAGGCUGACCCGGAGCUCCCCCGGCAGCAGAGCGGUCACCUCUGUGGUGCAGAACUGAGGCGCGUCCAGAUCAAAGAGGGCUCCUCGCAACAGCUUCGCAAAGUCCCAUCCCUUCCAGAGAGAGGCUGCCCCGUCCCAAAGAACUUCGAGCACAAUGACGGCUACUAUCCACGAGGUCACGACCAAGAUCGAUUGAUGAUAAUCAACGCUGUCAACAACUACUCUGGUGGUGUGAAACCCAGUAUCCUCAGGAGACCGGGCCGGUCACAGAGCACCAGAGAACAUAGGCACCACUACCACUACCACACCAAAUCUCCUCUGGAUCCCGAACAUCUGGAGUCCUUCUCAACGCGGCUUAACAGACGGACUCAAAGCACUAAAGUCAAGCCCACACAAUAUGACCACAUGGAGGGGUAUUACGCAGCUCCCAGACCUAAACCCUCUAGAUCCGCUAAAGCCGCUGCAGGAUAUUCACCUGGCCAGAGCUGCAUGUCUCCCCGUGGGCAGAGACUGCUGUCCAAGUUUCUGGGCCGGGAGGCGUUUUAUCAAGCUGCACUGAGAUCAGAGGCAGGGGUCUAUGAAUGACUCCGACCAGUGCUUUUCAUCCAUUUCAGGGCCAAAGGAGAACUGCACUUUAUCCUGAGCCGAACCAACAAGACUGUUGUUAUCAAAGUGUUUCUGUUUCAACCUUCAAGAGCUGCUACUAAAAGUGUUGAAGUGGCUGCUGGGGACCACCCUGGUAGUGCUAAUGUUUUAUUUUGGUGGCGCUUCCGUUAAAAAAGGAACAAAUGAAUGCAGAUGUUGUCUUAAGACUAUAGAAGCAUGUUUUUAAAGACUGUUAAGGCCUAAACCACAUGAGAAGGGACGACAAGGUAAAUUAUUUGUUUUAUUAAUAUGAUUUUAAAGGAUAGAAAUGUGUAUAAAAUCUCAUUUUUUUAAAUGUAUUCAUAAGUAACACAUCUAACAUGUGGCCAAUGUACUGUACAUUUUGUUUUCUAGUCUGCUCAGACUUCAACAAGCACUUUUGAGGAUAACUGUGUACGAAACACAUUGUCUUAACGUGGUAACGUGGAGAAUUAACAUAUAUAUUUUCUGUAUAAGAAACGGCUUGCUCUCAAUUACUGUCAAAAGCUAAAAUCGCACUUUUGAGGGGUAAAAAUGAAACAUAACCUCAUGCAUUGUAACUCUUCAGGGCCCACUCAGAUUUACCUUCAUCGUACAUUGUUCAAUGCAGUCUAUAAAUGACGGUGAGCGCUAGGAUGUUCUGUUAAAGCUAUCAUGGCAAAGUUAUGCUAAAUGCAAAUCAGCUCCUGCUGUUAAGUGGUAAAGUGUAUUUUAUAUAUCAUUGUAGUUUUGCCAUAAAAUGAAAAGAACAAUCUUCUUUAUAGAGAACUUUUAAAAUUUGGUGUUUUACAGGAAAACGUGUUUUAUUCAUGAAAGAUUUCCAACUUGUAGACAAGGACAUUCCGGUAACACGUUAUAUCAGUUAUUUUCGUGACAAUAAAAAAUAAAGAUAUAUUACUAACUUAA